AUGUCUCGCGCGAAUAGCCGCGAAAUGGUGUUGAAGCUCAGCUCUCGCGCGAAUCGCUGCCAAUGUAGCGCUGCGGCGGAGCGUCUCUCUGGAAUCAUUGCGGCGCAGCGCUUCCUGGAUGCUCAUCCGAAAGCCAAUCUCGCAAUCCUGGAGAAAGACGGUGAUAUUGGCGGAGUGUUCAGUAGGCGACGGUUGUAUGAUUCAUUCUGGACGCAGUGGAGCCAUGGUCUUUCGGAGUUUUCUGACCUUCCGAUGGCACGCCCGCCUGAGGCCGAUUGCUAUCACGACUUUUACCGUGCAAAGUAUACCACAGACUACCUUCAUGAGUACUGCGGUCGGAAGGAUGGCAGAGGACGGACUUUGCGCGACAGAAUGAUCUUCAAUGUGAACAUUGAUUCAGUCAAGAAGGUCGACGGCUUGUGGAACGUUUGCAGCGGCGGCAGAACAUUCACUGCACCGAAGGUACUCAUUGCGAGUGGCCUAUGUUCGCUGGCCAAGAUGCCCUCGCUUCCGGGCAAAGACCGGUUUGGAGGCGCAAUAGUUCACACGGAAGACUUCGGAGAAACUAAUAUCAUGGCAGCGCCGAACAUCACGAAGCUCGUGGUCCUCGGGGCAGGCAAGUCCGCGGCGGACGUCGUGUACGAGGGCGCAAAGAGCGGAAAGGAGGUUCACUGGGUCAUCAAGACCACUGGCACAGGGCCCUCGUUCUUCGCUUCGGGAAAGGGUAAGGGACCUUUCAAAAAUGCAUUCGAAGCGGCGCACACACGUUUUGUGGCUACUCUGGGUCCAUCGAUUUUCAACCGCGUGAACAUCUGGACGAAGUUCGUGCAGCGUAACUGGUUAGGUCGAUGGCUUGUGGGAAAAUUACUCGCACAGCAAGACCAAGCCAUUCGAAUGGAAGCCGACUAUCAGGGACGAGACAACGCCAAGGGUUUCGAUCAACUCGAAUAUGAGACUCCAUUCUUUUGGCAGAACGGCCCAGGUGGAUUGAUUCACCAUGAUGACUUCUGGGAAACUAUAUCCUCCUGUGUACACAUCCAACGCGAUCAAGUCAGGUCACUCGACAGGAAUCUUGUCCAGUUAGAGGGGGGUGCGGAGCUAGCGUGCGAUGCCAUUAUCUGCGGCACUGGAUGGAUCCCAUCUCUACGAUUCUUCGACAACGAACAAUUACUGCAGCUCGGACUUCCCAUGCCGCUAGAAGACGAGCCAAGCGAGGUCGCCGAUCGUUGGGAAUCACUCUUGCAGGAUGGAGAUCGACACAUCUGCUCCAGAUUCCCACUGUUGGCGAAUCCGCCGAAACACUCACACCGGGGAGUCAGUACGACCACAUAUCGUCUCUAUCACGGGAUGGCGCCAAUCAAUGACGACUCGAUUCUCUUCAUGAACCAUCUGAACACGGGUAACAAGAUGCUUGCGGCCGAAGUGCAAGCGAUGUGGGCAGUGGCGUACUUUGACAAGCAGAUCACACUUCCUUCGAGAGAAGACAUGGAACGCAGCGUUGCGACGUGGGUGGCUUUCAGCCGGAGGCGGUACUUGUCUAAUGGGGGGCUGGGUAACGCGAUUAACUUUGAGACCAUCACGUACGCGGAUGCCCUGUUGGACGAUAUGGGCUUAGCGGCACAUAAGAAGAGCUGGUGGCAGCAGUGGUUCGAACCGUUCCGGCCGAGCGAUCUGGGGAAGGCAUGGGCGGAGUAUUUGCAAAAGCAUCCACCUGGGCAGUCGAGUAUUGAAGAUGCGGGAAGCUAAAUGGGCUAUUGAGGGAGCUUACAUUGGCGAAGGUAUGCACAUGUUGGCGGGUAGGUUGGUUUGAGUGGCCAUGUGAGAAUUAGCCAGACGCCAUUUCAAUUAGGCUUAGAGUAAGGGUUGGGAUU